AGAGAGAAGUCCACCGCUGAGGCGCUCGAGGGACUGGAGGAGAAAAUCACACAAAUAGAAAAAUAUACAAUAAAUACACAGGAGCAGAAGCGACGCAUAGUGGGCAAUUUUCUAGCCACAUCUAUUGGCAUUUAUGUGAUCGCAUUUAUAGUUUUUUACUUUGUCUAUUUUCCGCCGACAUGGCGAGAGCGGAUGAUUUACUCGGUGCCAUUGCUUUUGUUUCCAUUUGUUAUUAUAUUCCUGAGACGUUUAUUUACGUGGUACUUUGAGCGAAAGUUGAACAAAAACUCAAAUAAAUUGACAGCAUUGCAAGCCGAGAAAAAGAAAAUAUUAGAGCAGGUCAUGGAUAAGGAGACAUAUAAGGUGGCCGUAAAACUGCUGGCAAGAUACGGUGAUAAACACAAUAGUCAGAAAUCACUUGGCGUUAUCACUCCAAGAGUUCCAGCCACUGGUAGCAUCACAACACAGCGUCUCGGUAUUGGCCUAUCGCCAACUGGGCCCGUAGCUACAUCGAGUCUACAAGAUCUCAGGCUGCGUCCUCCAGUGAGUUCUAACUUGCUCUCACCAGCUGUACCUGGAGCUCCCAAUGUAGGCGGACAAACGCCUUUACCGCGUGGACCGCUAAUAAUUACACCACAACGACGACCGAUGGGCGGUGUAAUAGCCGGUCAGGAAUUACGUAGACGUACGCCUUUUCCAAUAGUCAACCAGCAGGGUAAAGGUGUGAUGGAACGUAUCGUUGAUGUACUUAUCGGUGAUGGUCCAAAAGAUCGUUUCGCUAUGAUUUGCAAAGAGUGUUUCGCACACAACGGCAUGGCCCUCAAAGAAGACUUCGAUUACACCACGUUCCGUUGUGCUUUUUGCAAUGCAUUGAACCCUGCACGUAAAGCACGUCCGAUUGCACCACGACUGCCGGAGCAGCAUUUCUCCAAUUUGAAGCGUGACUCCAAUUCAUCGUCAUCUUCCCCGACGGAUAUUGACUCUGAGAGUGAUGAACCCGCUGCUCCAAUGCUUACGCCAUCAGCGACAGCAACACCACGUAGUACUGCGGCUGACGCAAUGAAUACAGUAAUAAAAACAGCAAAAACAAUUGAUAAAAUAAAUAUACCAGGUGUAAUGCAACGUCAACCGGAUAUGGGAGGGGGCGAUGCACCCAAUACAUCAAAUAUAAUUGCUGCUGAUGCGGCUGAAGUUGAUGAGGAGGAGAAGAUGGAGAUUGAAACGCCAGAUGAGCAAGAGAAAGAAGCAAUAUCGGCACAAGUUGUUGCCAAUUUACAGGCACUGCGCGACGAAGAGUUAAAUAGACUGCAAGAGCGUUUCGCCAAAAUGUAUGCUACAGCUGAAACGGAAGAGGAGAGACAGCCACAAGCAGUAGGCGAGACGUAUUUCUGCAAAGAAUUGCAGGAACUUGAGCAAACGGAGAAUAUUGAUGAAUUAAAGAAAUUAAAAUAACACUGAUUGGCUGGACUACAAUUGGCUUUAUAGACUAGCCGGAUAUAGAGAUAUACAUACAUACAUAAAUGGAGAUGGAAGAGAUGGGUAUGACACCCUAUUGUUUUGCGCCAGACUUUUCAACGGAAAUUGUUGAAUAUUGCGCUUGGAGUCUUGUUACUUAUUUAUAAAAAAAAACACAUACACAAUAACUAAAACAAAACUAUGUUUAGAUGUAAUCGAUCGAUUUUAACUUUACAUAAUAGUUUCGUCUGUUUUUCAACAUUUUUUGAAUAAUUUUUGCAAUUUUAAAAUAUUUAAAUUCAUCAAUAUUUAUACUUUGCAUUUUGUUGUAUAUACGAAUGUUUGUGGUGUAUUUCGCUUUAAUAAAACAAGCCAAAUACAUCCAUGUCUAACUCAUUAAUUUGUAAACCAAAUGGUUCAGUUAUUGAUAUUCUUAUUUUUUGAUGCGGCUAGUGAAAUGCUAAAGCAAUGAAAUUGAAUUUAGAAUCUAAAAUAUAUGUUUGUACAUAUUUUUGAAUAUUUUUAGUGUAUGAAUAUUUAAAUGAUAUGCAUUGAUUGUAUGAAAUUUUAUAUCGAACAUCGAGAGAAACAAAUAAUAUUGAAUAAUUAAAAUGUCAUAUUUUAAAUAGA